CUUCUUCUUCUUCCUCUUCCUCUUCCUCUUCCUAUUCUAAUAUACUUCUUUAUCAUCUUGCACGUUCAGAAUUCGGGGUUCUGAUCUGCAACUUUCUUUUACAAUUAAGUUCAGUUCAGGUCUCUCAAGACAGUAAAAAUGAAGAAAGCAGUGUUGAAAGUGGAACUACACGAUGACAAAAUCAAGAAAAAAGCCAUGAAGACAGUCUCUGGCCUUUCAGGGGUUGAAUCAAUCGCAAUGGACAUGAAGGACAAGAAAUUGACAGUAAUUGGAGACAUUGAUCCAGUAAGUAUAGUGGGCAAACUGAGAAAGCUAUGUCACACAGAGAUAGUAUCGGUUGGACCAGCAAAAGAAGAGAAGAAGAAGGAAGAGCCCAAGAAAGAAGAGCAAAAGAAAGAUGAUAAUAAGAAAAAGGAUGAGCCUAAAAAAGACGAUGUAGCCGAGCUCAUCAAGGCCUAUAAAGCCUAUAAUCCUUACAUGACCACACAUUAUUAUGUCACAAGUGCAGAGGAAGAUCCUAACGCCUGUGUUAUCUGCUAAACUUUUGGAGUUCUGGAAGAAUUGACAAGGAAUCUAUAACAAGAGGAAAUCUUAAAUUUGGUUCUUCUAGUAAAAAAAAUUAGAUUAUGCAGAACCUGUGUGUGGUUCAUAUGUACAGUAGGCAAUGAUGGGUUGUUCUUCUUUCAUGUUUGUUGCGGUGGAUCUGGUAUUAAUGAAUCAAUUUUUUGUUGGCGAACAUUU